ACGCACGUCAAUCACAUAGAUAAUAACAAAAACAAACUCUGAUGCGGCUAAAUUUACGUUCAUCGUUCCCCGUUCAAUAAUACGCCAGAAUCGUUUGAAUGGCAAAGAUAUUUUUCUACAUUUGUGAUUACUUUGGAUGCGUAGAGAAAUGCAAUAUUCAGAAAGCAUCCAUCCGGAUACGAAAGCAACGCACCCAGCCCGAAACCAUUCCGUCGUGCAUCACAACCGAACCGGUCCAGUUAGUAGAUUUUUUGCUCAACUUACGAUGCUUUCCCCGUUAUCGGCUUAAGAUGGCAAAUGUACUGGCCAACGGUGGGGAUCCAUCCACAGCGCUCAUCAUAAAACUUGUUCCUCCCGCCAAAGAGCACUUAGAUUACCAUUGGGGUGAACGUGCCGUCCGCAUGAUAUGGGAAUUGGUGGAACUUACCGAACUGAUGGCCUGGCUGUCGACGCUCGGCGGUGCCUUCUCCGCCCUCGGCAAUUAUCAACCGGCCUGUGCCGAUACGGCGGGUAAAAUUUCGAUGCACCAAAUGGAGCUCGCCUUCCGGCUGGGCGAUCCAUCGCUCGUCGCCCGGUGUCAGCUGUACCUUGCCAUAUCGCUCAUACAGAAGGCACAAUUUGCGGCCGCCGGACACAUCGUGCGGCACGUGUACCGGAACGAGCGGAAGCAAACGGUACCGGAAACACGGCUGCUGAAGAUGUGCCAAGGCAUAUGGUCGAAGCUGCGGUACGAGUACGGUAUCCACCAGAGAAAGACACACACCCGAAAAGUGAACAGCCUAGUGAAGGACGCUGAUGGACCAAAAUGCUAGUAAACAAAAUACACAAACAAAUCGUGUGCUACACACACCCGGUUACGAAUAGAGAGAAAGAGAGAGUGUUUGAAAUAUAUUGCAAAUUCUA